AUGAAAAAAGUUUCUAACUUAACACUGGGUGCUUUAUCUAAAGUUUCUGAUAAGAAAAAAGAAGCAAUUUUAAAUAAAAUUGAGAAUAAAUUUAUAAAAUCUGCUAAAUCAAUGGGGCUUGAUUCAGAUAAAUACGUUAAGUUUAUCCUAGAAGAGUUUAAAAGAAAAGCGUUUGAACCUAAUAAGGAUGAUAAAAAGAACGCUUCUGAACUUAUAAGAAAAAGUGUAAUGAUAAGAACCAAAGAAGCUCCAUCACUUCGGAUCAACAUAGACUCGAAAACAAAGGAAGAAGUUAUAAGAGAUAUAGCCAAUAAAAUUGAGUCGCUUGCAAGAAGGUUUAUAAAAGAUGCUAAAACAGUAGAGGGUAAGAAACAGGUAUUGGAAAAAAUUAAGAAAAGAAUAAUUGAUUCCGCUAAGCAAAACCACAUUCGGAUUCACUCCCAACAUAACGAACUUAAAACAUAUAAUAGUCUUAUAGAAAAAGGUCUCGAACUAUCGAUUCAAAACAUGCUCGAACAAGAAACUGUUGGAAGACGAACGGAUACUCAAGUGUUAAAUAAAAUGGACGAACCAAUUAUGGCAAAAUAUAAAAGAAAAGAUGAAGAAGUGGACGCAUUCAAUGAUGUCGAAUUGAGUAUAGAAGAAAUUAACAGAUAUAAAAAGUUAAUAUCUCAUACGUUAAAUGAUACUUCCAUAGACCCACGCUGUGAUGCUGUUAUAAAAGAUACUUGUCUCAACAUUCAAUCUUUUGGUAAAAUUUCUUGUGAUAACAAAAUGAUAUCCAUUGUUCAUCUUUGUGAUGGCGUUUCUGACUGUAUGGAUAUAAGCGACGAAAAAAAUUGCACGGCUCAAGCCAUGGAUAAGGUACGCAAAGCUGGAUCUGUGAUGAAAGAUAUAGAAGCCUCAAUUCAUCAAAGAUGUUUUGCAACAGCAAGUUCUUACCUUUUAUCGUCACACAAUCAAAUGUUGCGAGAUGUACUGAGAACCGAAAUGGGGUAUUUAGAAAAAUUACAAGCCAAACCAGAUUCGAAAGCAGCAGAAAAAGAAAAACCAAACGAUAAAGAUGCAUUUUUACAAAGAACUGUAAAUGACGUGAAUUUAGUUCUAAAUACUUUGUCUUAUGCUCUAGAUGGCACGCUUUGUGCACGCUUUGCACUAGAUCCAGAUGAAGUCUUUACUCGAAAAUUGAAUGAUGAAUUUGAUGACCUUAUAGGCAGACCACAGGAGCCCGGCUGGUCACCAAAAUCAUGUUCCUGUGAAGGACAGUAUUGUAAAGACCCAGAUUGCGAAGGCAUGUGUAAACGAAUAUGCUGGGAAAGAUACAGUUUAAGCCGUUGGGGAUGUCAAGCGCUUAAUACUGCAACGAGUGUUUCACUAGAUACCAUAUGUGAUGGAAAACUUGAUUGUUUUGAUGAAAGUGAUGAGGAACAAUGCACGACAGACGCGAUUUCGACGAAAUUUGAUGCUAUUAAAAAAUUCAACGACGUAUUAGACAUACUAUCAGGAAAGUCUAAAUCGUACGAGUACAAACGCAGCCACAAAAAGGUGCUUGAAUUGCAUAGUACAGUUCGUCAAUUACAAAAGCAGACUCUUAAAACUAAUUAUGAUAGUCACAUUAUAAAAGAUCUGAGAGAUGAAGGUUUUCUACAGUUAGUCUCUAUAUUUGAUGACUUAAUACAAACAUCUACCUUAGAUGAACUGGAUGAGGAAUAUUUAACUUUACUCUCAAUCAAUGAAAAAUUGGUAGUUGCUCUAAAGUUAUCUCACACUGGAAAUGAGAAAAUAAUAUCACCAGAAGGGUGUUACUGUAGGGAUGGACUCUGCGCUCUGCGUAGAUGUAGCAAGAGUUGUAUUCAUUCAUGUCUAGCGGAACCUCUACUAACCAGAUAUUCAUGUAGUCUUAGUAAUGUAAGCGUGCCUAUUGACACAAUUUGUAACGGAAAAACCAACUGUCCCAACGGAGAAGAUGAAAAAGAUUGUGUUAAAGAUGUUUGUCGGGCACAUCAUCUAAUAUUGUUACGUCAUAAGUUAAAAAAUAUAGGAGUGAAUGACAGGUCUUCCGUAAUGACUGAAGUACUCGACUCUUGGAAAUCUAAGGUUUUAGCCGCGAUUUACAUCGCUGAGUCUGCCGAAAGACCCAACCAUAAAAUAAUGGUUGAUGUAAUCAAUCAUGUUCUUAAAGACCUUGUGAUGGCAUUUGCGUCAAUGGAUGAGUUUAAACGAUCCACCACCGAUCAUGCACUGAAGGAAUUUGAAGCUAUUUCUAAAACUGUAAUGGACACGUUGAAGUCUUGUUCUUAUUAA